CCACGUGGUUAAUCAAAACAUCAUGGCGGCUGGAUUUAAGAUGGCUGAGCCCCUGGAGUACCACCGCAGCUUUCUGAAGGAAAACUGUCGACCGGAUGGACGUGAACUGUCAGAAUUCCGAACCACGUCGAUCAACAUUGGGUCCAUCAGCACAGCAGAUGGCUCAGCGUUGGUCAAGAUGGGCAACACCACCGUCAUCUGUGGGGUCAAAGCGAAGCUGGCAAACCCGUUAGUGGAGGCGCCGGGGAAAGGUUUCAUAGUGCCCAACGUGGACCUGCCGCCGCUGUGCUCCUCACAGUUCCGACCCGGACCACCGGGGGAGCAGGCCCAGGCCGCCAGUCAGUUCAUGGCCGACAUCAUCGAGAGCUCAGAAGUGUUACAGACAGAAGAUUUGUGCAUCGAACGAGCCAAGCUGUGCUGGUCGUUGUACUGCGACCUGAUGUGUCUGGACUACGACGGCAACUUGUUGGACGCGUGCUCACUUGCCUUGCUGGCCGCCCUGAAGAACACCGGGCUCCCCGAGGUCUCCGUCAACGGCGAGACUGGCGUGCCUCAGGUGGACUUGGAUAAGCGACUUGGGUUGAAGAUCGCCAGGCAUCCCGUGGCCGCCUCCUUCUGCGCAUUUGAUGACUCCGUCUUGGCGGAUCCCACGGCUGAAGAGGAGCGACUGGCCACCUCUCGCCUCACUGUGGUGACGGACGAGGAAGGACGCCUGUGCUCCAUGCACAAACCGGGUGGGACGCCUUUGUCUGGGGAGAAGCUCCGAGAGUUGAUCGGCCGAGCGACAGCGCGGCAGAAAGAACUCCACAAACUCAUCGACAAAGUCAUCAAAAGCAUCACAUAAAAAAUAAGACAAAUUUUGUUUUUAAUAUCUAAAAGCUGUAUUUUCACUGUCAAUAUAUACUCCUCUGUUUUUUUUUUACAACAAUAAAACUGCUGACAAAGACAUCUUAAAAAA